AUGAAAUACAAGAGCGAAGUUUGUCCAUAUACGAAAAGUCUGCAAAGUUGCAUCGCAUGUGAUGCUUGUGGAAUCCCCAACCCACCCAGUCGUUGUGCCACCUGUCAAAUGACCUAUUAUUGUCACGAAGCAUGUGCCAAGAAUCACUGGCAAGUUCAUAAGUCUUACUGCAAAUCGCCCAAGGAUAUUUUGCAACAGAGUAAUCUGAUCUUGGCAGUCGAAUGCAAAUCUGGAAAUGAUAAGGUCUCCCCUUCGAAAGAACCGUAUUCACACAGUGUGAAACCUUCAGGAGAAACUAGCACUACCCCAGAAAGUACGAAUAUUUCGUGCGACAUGUGCAAGAUCGAAUGCAAGGCUCCUCUCUACAACUACAAGACCAGCGAUUCAGAUGUUCCCUGUUGUGACCUACGAUUUUGCUUAUCCUGCAUCAAUCAUUAUGAGACGAUCUCGACGUCACUCGUGACUUCCUCCUCGUCCUCGAACAGCAGCAGCAACGCCAAUCCAAAGUGCCCCUGCUGUCGAUCCACCGAAGAGCCAAACGCUGAUGUUGCUAAUGAUAAUGAUGGUGAGAAUGCGAGCACCGACAAACGCAAAUUCCAGUUGCUACAAGCAGCGCUCUGGGCGGCCAAGGCUGCAUCGGCGUCAUUUCUGAUCGAAUCGGAUGGAACAUUAGCCAAUGAGAAAUUCCGACGACAGCCCCACCAGCAUCCACUCUUGGUGAAAUAUGCCAACAAGGGAUUGGACUUUGUCGAGACUUUGUUGGACGAAGAUUCUAGUAAUACGGCAGCCAAAGUUCUACAAGGGCGGAUUCUGGGUUUGAUUGGGGCGCCCGAUUUGGGCCUGACACUUCUGAAGGAGGCGGUGACAAAGUUAUUCAAAUCAUCCUCGUCCACGUCUGUUCCUGUGGACCAGCAGAAGAAAGUCGAUGAACUCAUGGAACAAGUCAAGCAACACAUGAUGGUGGCUGAAAUGGAACAAGCAGAGGCCUUACUAGAAGAGAUUCAGAACAUGCGAGAACAGAAAUUUGUCCUCUUUGUCCAACCAAAUGAUAUCAUGGAAGUCAGGCUAACGAUUGCUCGGCUAGAGCUUCAAAACAAGGAUUUCGUAGCUUGCCUAGCUGCUUUGAAAGAAAUUGUAGCAAUUGCAUCAUCAGAAGAAGAAGAAGAAGAUGGUUCUUCUUCCGCUGCCUCCUCCUUGACGCCUGAUCAAUUGUUGAAUGCCUAUCUUUUAUUUGCCAAGUGCUUUGUCGAAAUGAAGCAAUAUGACAAGGCGCUUGAAGCUAGCAAGUUGGCCAUUGGCAUGAACCGUCAUUAUCCUCGAGUGUACAAGGAACUUGUCGAAGCUCGUUAUGCCAAGGGCGAGGUAGAAUUGGCCAAAGGUGCAGCGGGUCGGGCAGUACUGUAUGAGACGCCAUGGGACGAGCAAAUGAAACGAAGCGUACAGCAGACUUAUGCCGAUCUCUUUGGCGACCCAAUCUAUACAGAGGCCUGA